GCCAUCUCAGCCCUUGCAGAGAGAGACUGACAAGACAGGCACCUGGGAAUAGCCUCCCCCUGGGACAGCAGGAGGUCUGGAACCUUGUCCUUGAGAUCAGAGAUCUCUACCAAAAGGUUAGAGAAGAUCAGACACCAAGGCGGACAGUUUUGUUUAUGGAUCCUUCAGGAUGGGAGAAGGUUCUAAGCCAAGGUAGGUUGUUGGGUAACAAUGGGGAAUAGAGCCUUCAAAACUGAGGAAGCAAACCUUGAAUUUUGCUGAACUUCCCUUAAUUUCAGAUUCUUUGAGGCCACAAAAAUCCACAAUCAGCCUCCCAGUUCUAGGAUUUGGGCAUGAGUAGGAAGCCUCCUCUUAGUUGGGCAGGUGGUGGCUGGUUCCAGCCCAAAUACCUGCCCAGGGAGGACUGGGGAGGACAGGGAGCAUAGGUGGGUCAGAAGAGCAGAAACAGGGUUCAGGAGCAUAGGAGGAGGACGCAGGCCCAGCCCUCCACCAUUUUUAUGCCGAGGUGUAUACACCAGUCAGAGUCACAGCAUUGAAAAGUAUGCUCAAAACAGGAAAACACAGGAGUAUUUGCUUACAAAAACAGCAGGAGCCAGCAAAGCAACACUACUUCUCCAAGCACGACAACCGCACUUCCUACGACAAAGGCCCCUACUGCCUGCUGCAGGGGAUCGGAAGACGCAAAGACCUGGAACGCCUGUGGAAGAGGCACACCUUCCUGCGCUGGGCGCCCUGCGAGCUGGAACUGAGCCAGCAGCCACCUCUGGAAUCUUCCUACCAGACUGAUUUCCGGUCAGGCACAGGACUCAGUAGGCUCCCCCAGCGCCUUGUCCACUUCGUGCAGGUCCAGCCCCCCUAUGCCAGCACCACUUACCAGCACAACUUCUGCCGGCCAGCCUGGGACGGUCGCUGCGACAGCGCCAAGGUAAAGCCCCAAGAGCCAGUCGCGGAACCCCUGCCUGACCUCCCGGGGAUCCCGAAGCCCAAAUUGCUGCAGCACUACCUUCACGCUGGAGUUUCUGAGUGUUUAAACUGGUCCCAAGCAUUAAAAAGCUGACACAGCA